CAUACAUCAAGGCUACGCCAUUCGUUAGUGUGUCAUAUCUUUUCUAUUUACCCGGUGAAAAGUAAUGAGCACACAUAUUCAGACGCUCGUUAACUCAAGACAACAGCUCACGAUGAAAGUCAUAUCAUUGUUGAUUACUGUCAGCGUGUUGACCGCAGGUACACCAAUAAAAGAACAGGAACGCGUUUCUGGUGGUAUCGCACUCUCAGCCGCUGUACCCCAUUUAGUUUCAAUCACGAUCGAUGGCCAGCACAUAUGUGGAGGAUUCAUUUACAGCAGCAGUUGGAUUGUUACAGCUGCCUCUUGCGUCAAUGGUGUUCCACCGAGUCAGGUGAAAGUUGUCGUGGCUCAAGUGUCGCUCAUUCAACAAGACAUAGACGAGCAAGUGCUUUCAGUUUUCAAAAUAAGCGUUUACGAAGGAUACGAGCCUGACACGAAACUGCACGAUAUCGCCAUGUUGCAGACGGCUUCGACGAUUCCGUUCGGACCUAGAGUUAAUUUCAUACGCUAUGAAGAAGCGGAGGAAGUCGGCGGAACUGUAGUCAAUUUGGCUGGAUGGGGAGCCACAACGGUGGGCGGCACGCCAUCCACCAAACUGAGGGAGAUAACAGUGACAUUGCCUGCCAGUUGUACUGGAACUUACACAGCUGAAGAGUUUACUCCAAAUUACAUGCUGUGCGCUGGCGGCUCUCCAGCAGAUGUCGGAUCUCCUUGCCAAUACGACGAAGGUUCGCCUUUAAUUCAAACGAUCGGCACAACUUCGUACGCAGUCGGUAUCAUGUCGAAGAACCAGGGUUGCGGGGCUGGCUUCGCACCGACAAUCUAUACUCGCCUGUCGGCCUAUUAUGCGUGGAUCAACAAGAUUGGUGGCCUCCAACCUGUCCUGUAACUGAUAAUUCUAUAGGUAUUAAUGAGAUGUACGUAUGUUAUGCAGCAGCAUCUGAAAAUACGCGUCCUAAUGUAAAGCAUUACCGUAAAACUAAAUAAGAUAUAAACUGAUACAAACUGCA